AUGGAGAUACGUUCAUUACUGCUUUCUGCCCAUGGACCCUGCCGAGUCUCCCCUCCCACUAGUGUCGUGUCUAAGUCAGAGUCUCCCAAAAAGCCUGACCAGCUGCAGAAGCUCUUCAUCAGAGGGCUGAGCUUUGAAACAACUGAUCAGAGUCUGAGCGGCCAUUCUGAGCAAUGGGGAAAGCUUAUAGUCUGUGUAGUUAUCAGAGAUCCAAACACCAAGCUCUCCAGAGCCUUUGGGUUUGCCAGGUAUGCCACUGUGGAGGAAGUGGAUGCAGCCAUGAACGCAAGCCCACACAAGGUGGAUGGAAGAGUUGUGGAACCAAAGAAGGCUGUCCCAAGAGAAGAGUCUCAAAGACCCAGUGCCCACUUAACUGUGAGAAAGAUUUUUGUUGAUGGCAUUAAAGAAGACACUGAAGAACAUCAUCUAAGGGAUUAUUUUGGACUGUAUCAGAAAACUGAAGUGACUGAAAUCAUGGCUCACCAAGGCACUGGCAAAAAGAAGGGCUUUGCUUUUGUAACAUUUGAUGACCAUGAUUCUGUAGACAAGACUGUCAUUCAAAAAUCCCGUGCUGUGAAUGGCCCCAACUGUGAACUAAGGAGAGCCCUAUCUCAGCAAAUGAUGGUUAUGGGGGAUGGCUGUGACAGAUUUGGUAAUGAAAGCAGCAGCUUCAGAAGUGGUGGAAGUUAUAAUGAUUCUGGCAGUUACAACAAUCAAUCCUCAAAUUCUGGAGGCAAAAGCUCUGGCCCCCAUGGUGGUGGAGGUCAGUACUUUGCGAAACCACAAAACCAAGGUGGCUAUGGUGGUUUCAGCAGCAGCAGUAGCUACAGCAGUGGCAGGAGGUUUUAAUCACUGCCAGGAAACAGAGUUUAGCAGGAGAGAAGAGCCAGAGAAGUGACAGGGAAGCUACAGGUUAAAACAGAUUUGUGAACUCAGCUAAGUACAGUGGUGGCAG